AUGCCUUCAUUCGCUGAUUUAACUACUGAAAACGGUCUUGUCGAAUUAAACAAAUUUGUCAGUGACAAAACUUACAUUGUUGGUUUUGUUCCAUCAAGUGCUGAUGUCCAAGCCUUCAACUUAGUUAAAACCGCACCAUGUGCCACUAAAUACCCACAUGCUGCCAGAUGGUUCAAUACCAUUGCCUCAUACAGUGCUGCCGAACAAGGUCAAUUCGAAAAAGUUACCGAAACCGUCACUAUUGCCGCCCCAGCUGCACCAAAAGCUGAUGAUGACGUUGAUCUCUUUGGUUCCGAUGAUGAAGAUGAUGAAGAAUACGAAAGACAAUUAGAAGAAAGACGUAAGAAAGCUAUGGAACACAAAAAACCAAAGGAAACCGUCAUUGCUAAAUCUUCAAUUCUCUUGGAUGUUAAGCCAUGGGAUGAUGAAACCGAUAUGGUCGAAUUAGAAAAAUGCGUUCGUUCAAUUGAAAUGGACGGUUUAGUCUGGGGUGCCUCAAAACUCGUUGCCGUUGGUUAUGGUAUCAAAAAGUUAGUCAUCAAUUUAGUCGUCGAAGAUCUUAAAGUUUCAACCGAUGAAUUAGAAGAAAAAAUUAAAGAUUUCGAAGAUUACGUCCAAUCCGUUGAUGUUGCUGCUUUCAAUAAAAUCUAA